UGUACCAGAGAAGUGAAACUAACUUGGUCCCCCACAUCUGCAGUGCAGGGAGCAAUGGCUGCUGUGCAAAAACUCCAGGAUGAAGCCACGUGUUCCAUCUGUCUGGAGUAUUUCAAAGCCCCGGUGUCUAUCCACUGCGGGCACAACUUCUGCCGGGCCUGCAUCAGCCAGUGCUGGGGGGAGUCGGAGCCCAACUUCUCCUGCCCCCAGUGCAGAGAAACCGCCCAGCAGAGAAACUUCAGGCCCAACAGGGAGCUGGCGAACAUGGUGGAGCUAGUGAAACAGUUGAAGUUACAAGCAGGGAAAGAUCCAGAGGGGGAGCGAGUGUGUGAGAAACACAGGGAGCCUCUGAAACUCUUCUGUGAGGAGGAUCAAAGCCCCAUCUGCGUGGUGUGUGACAGAUCCAAGGCUCACAGAGACCACCCUGUGAUUCCAAUCGAAGAGGCUGCCCAGGAGUACAAGGAACAAAUCUGGACACAACUGCAGACCCUGAAGGAAGAGAGAGAAAAACUCCUCAAAUACAGACAGGCCAAGGAGGGGAAAAGCCAGGAAUACCUGGAGAAGACGGAUGAUGAGAGACGGAAAAUCAUGUCUGAAAUUCUGCAAUUGCGCCAGCUGCUGGAGGAACAAGAGCGACUCCUGCUGGCCCAAUUGGGAGGCCUGGAAAAGGAGAUUGGGAAGAUGCAGAAUGAAAAUGUCACCAAACUCUCAGCGGAGAUUUACCGUCUCAGUGAGUUGAUCAGUGAGAUGGAGGGGAAGUGCCAGCAGCCCGCGAGUGAAUUCCUGCAGGAUAUCAGAAGCAUCUUGAGCAGGUGCGAGAAAGGGAAGGCCCAGGCGGCGGUGGAGAGUCCUUCCGAGCUGGAAAAGAGAAUCUGUGAUUUCUCCCAGAAAAGGAUCAUUCUGGAGAAGUUUCUGAGGGAAUUCAAAGACACGCUGGUAUUUGAGCUGGAGGUGGAAGGGAGUCAAUUUUUGGCAAAGGAGAUGGAAAACGUAGGUGAAAAGGUGAAUGUGACUCUGGAUCCAGACACGGCUCAUCCCAAACUCAUCCUGUCUGAGGAUCGGAAACAUGUGAAAUAUGGAGAUGCCUGGCAGGAUCUGCCCCACAAUCCCAAGAGAUUUGAUUCUUCUCUCUGCAUGCUGGGCUAUUGUGAACUCUUAAGGGCAGGGGAUGUCUUGAAAUACAGCACCAUUGGCCCCAGAGCCCAGACGUGUACCGGCACGUGCUAACACAGUUCCAGUACUACACAAUAACAUCAAUGAACGACUUGCCACUGGAAGCAUGUCUCUUUCUUUACAGCACCGUUUUGUAUUUUACAGGAUUUCCUGUCCAUUGGAAAUUAAGAUUCCCCAGUUGCAAAGAGGGUUUGAUGGACAUUAGGCAGUGUUAUUUGAGCAAAUUCUCUUUUUUUUAAAUGAUUCACAUAAUCUGGGACCGAAGUGUUUUUAGAACAGGGUCUCUAGAGGAUGCUAAAGGGUCCUCUUGUCUGGGCCAUUUGGCAUUAAAUACAGAAAUAAACUCGGAAGUGAUCAGAAAAAGA